AGAGCCAGUGCCUGCUAUCACCCCAACUCCCCACUACCAAUCAUGUUCACCUCUGUGUUGUUGCUGUGCCUGUUGGUGACCGCGGGUGUGGCUCUCCCAGGCGGCUACAAUGUUCCUCUCCCUUACAACUACAACUACGGGAUCAACGCAGGAUCCACCAACUUCGGUCAACAAGAGAGCGGUAACGGUGGCAACGUGAAGGGUUCAUACUUUGUCCACCUCCCAGACGGUCGCGUCCAGAAGGUUGAUUACUGGGCUGACGGUAGCGGAUACCAUGCUACCGUGACCUUCCAGGGCACCGCCAGUCAUCCCAGCUACGGCCCCUCCCAUGGUUACUAGCUGCUGUCCUCAAUACAACCCAUCAUAAUUUACAUGCAGUAAAUUAUUAGUCAAGUAGUUUAUAGACUUUAAAUAACUAUGAUGCAAUAUAUUCCCCAGUUUUACUUCCUAAGUAUUAAAACAUUGAGGAGUUUAUGUGAUGUUGAACAAAACUUUUACUCCAUCGUGAACGAGUCUCCCAGGUUGAUGUUGUCAGAUCCUUAUAAUCCAGCACUGUGCCUCCCAGGGUCGCCACAUCCCAGUCUCCAAUGUACACAACAUCCGACUCUAGUUUUGUGGCAAAUGUUUUCAUUACCAUCUGUUCCUCCUUGAUGUUGUAACUUUGUCAAACGGAUGAUACAAUAAAUAACUAAAAACAA